GUGUCAGCCCGAAUCGAAAAUCAUUGAGCUCAGAUACUUUGUGUUCGUCGGAGCUGUUCGUUGAAAUUCAAAGUAGUGUAAAUUACAGAAAAUUUCAAAAACUACAAAAAUAAAAAUCGUUCCGAGAAAAAAAACCGGUAUUUGUGUAAAAGCUAUAAAUUUUGUUUUGAGAUUAUUUCCGUAAGUAGAUCAAAAUGUCAGAAGCUGUUCCACAAGAACCAGCUGCACCAGAAUCCGGCGUCAUCGGCCCCAAGGAAGGAGCCGAUGGCAGCUGGUGUCUCAUAGAGAGCGACCCCGGCGUCUUCACCGAGCUGAUCCGAGGCUUUGGCUGCACUGGUGCUCAGGUUGAGGAGAUUUGGACAUUGGAUGCUGAAGCCUUCCAUCAUUUGGAGCCCAUUCAUGGUCUCAUCUUUCUGUUCAAGUGGGUGCAGGAUGACAAGCCCAUAGGCCGUGUUGUCAAAGAUCGUAGCGAUGUUUUUUUCGUACGCCAGGUUAUCACCAAUGCCUGUGCCACCCAGGCGCUCCUCUGCCUCUUGAUGAAUCUCCAGCACCCGGACAUCGAUCUGGGCGAGACUCUGACGUCGUUCAAGUCCGUUUGCCAGGAUCUCGAUCCGGUGGUGCGUGGCCUGUGCCUCAGCCGCGAAUCGAAGAUCCGUUCCGUGCACAACUCGUUCGCCCGUCCGGUGCUCUUUGAGGUUGACAUGCGCCAGGCCACGGUCGAGGAGGAUGUGUAUCACUUCGUGGGCUUCAUGCCCAUCAAAGGGCGUCUGUACGAGCUGGACGGAAUGCAGGAGGGGCCCAUCGAGCUGGCCGAGAUCAGCAAGGGUCAGAACUGGCUGGACGUUGUCCGUCCGAUCAUUGAGGCGCGCAUGCAGCGCUACAGUGUGGGAGAGAUCCACUUCAAUUUGAUGGCCCUGGUGUCCGAUCGCCAGCGCUGCUAUGAGCGCCAGAUCCAGCUGCUGGUCCACCAGCCGUCGCCGUUGAGCCAUGCCGAGAGGCAGGAGGAGAUCGCCAAUCUGCGAACCUACGUCAAGUUCGAGCAGGAGAAGAAACGUCGCUACCGACAGGAGAACCAGCGUCGUCGCCACAACUACUUGCCGUUCAUUGUCGAGCUACUGAAGCAGCUGGGCGAGACCGGCCAGCUGAUGCCCAUCUUCGAGAAGGCCAAGAAGCGGGCCAUGGAGUGCCACUUGCAGGCCACUCUCAAGCAACAGCAGCUCCAGCAAGAGCUCCAACAGCAGCAGCAACUGCUACUGGAUCAGGAGGAGCAAGAGCGCCAGGAGCCCCAGGAUUCCGACUGUCUCAAUAAGGAGAAGUCGCCCAAGUAAGCCCGGCAAUCUGUAGAUCUCGGAGGAAUGCCCACCACCACCAUCAAAUUCCAAGUUACACUGCCACCCACGAUCUUCCCGCCACGAGGUACUCUGUUGGAAACGCAUCCUCCUUUUUUUAUUUCUGGUUCGCAUCGAGAACACCUUUGAUGGAAACUUUUAACUAACAGCUACUAAUAAAUCAAAUCCAGAAAUA